UUGCGUUCGUGACUAAUUCUUUUUUAUUAAAAGUUAUCUGGAAGAUAUGCGCCUUCAUUUGCAUAAACGCAAAUCAUAUUGUUAUAUGAAUAAUUAAUUUUCCCAUUCAUGUAAUACGUGGAAGAAAACAACAUGGCGGCUAUAUCCAAUUACCGUUCGUAUACUGCUUCAUUUCCAUCAAGAAGUCUUGUGAACACUCCGGUGUGCUUAGCUAUGGUCGGCUUACCCGCUCGUGGGAAGACUUUCAUCGCUAGAAAACUGGCAAGAUAUUUGAACUGGAUUGGAAUCGACACGAAAGUCUUCAGUGUCGGCAAUUACAGAAGAGAACUGUACAAAUCUCAAGCGACGCACGAGUUUUUCGGUCCCAAUAACGCAGAAGGCUUAGCGAUGAGAGAACGCUGUGCAAGAUUGGCCUUGAAUGAUGUUGCCAUCUGGUUGAAUGGUAUAGGUCAAGUUGCAAUUUAUGAUUCAACAAAUGGCACAAGGGAUCGAAGAGAUGUAGUCAUUCAGUUUUGUAAGAAAAAUUCUUUCAAGCUGUUGUUUAUUGAAUCUUAUUGUGAUGACCCAGCAAUUGUUCAUUCAAACAUUAUGGAAGUUAAGGUGACCAGUCCAGAUUAUCGAAACAUGUCACCAACAGAAGCAUGUGAAGAUUUCAAAGCAAGAAUCAAGCUUUAUGAGUCUGAAUACGAGGCUCUCUCUUUGUCCAAAGAUGAUCAGGUUCCAUUCCUCAAAGUUGUCAACACAGGAAAAAGAUUUUUUGUGAACCGAGCAGAAGGUUAUGUGGAGAGCAAAGUGGUUUAUUACAUGAUGAAUAUUCAUGUUACUUCAAGAUCAAUUUAUUUAACGAGGCACGGUGAGAGUGAAUUCAACCUAAAAGGUAAAAUUGGAGGAGAUUCGGACCUAUCACCUAAUGGAAAACAAUUUUCUCAAGUUCUUGGGGAUUUUGUAAAUAAACAGAAGAUUGAAAAUCUUAAGGUUUGGACAAGCCAGCUGAAGCGAACAAGUCAAUCUGCGCAAUGCAUCAAAGCACCGAUUGAAAGAUGGAAAGCUUUGAAUGAAUUGGAUGCUAUUUUAUGAACGUUGAGAAAAAUUUGCUAUCCAGUGGAUAACGCUAUUUGACCUUCGUGCAACCAGCCCCAGGACAGUACUUUUAAAAAAACAUCAAUUUUAAAAGAAGUGUAAGAGGUUAUACACUGAACAACGAUAUUACAAUACCUUUGUGUCACUCAUUUAAGGGUGUCUGUGAUGGUAUGACGUAUGAGGAGAUACAA